UUGUAGGAUCGUGUAACGAGCUUCACUCCCGAGCAGGCAGUUGGGGUGAUUUAACAUCGGGCACAAACAACGUAACCUUCAACGAUAUCACGGGACUGUUACUCUGUGCUUCUCAAUGGCGUCGUCUGGUUCUUCUUCUGGGCCCUCAUUGAGCUCGUCGGCAGCUUCAUCUUCAAGUCUAUCCUCAAGUCCCAUCUCUAAUUCCCCCUCCAACUCCCCCUCCGAACCAUCCUCCGAGCCCUCCUCCACCCCUCCCACAGCCCUCACCACUCCUGCUCCUUUUGACCCCUCCUCAACCGCAGCUAUCUCCCCAAAUCCCCCAACAGAUCUCUCUCCCUCACCGCCCCUCACCCGCGCAAACGCCCACCUCUUCGACGCCCUCGAAUCUCACACCUCGCAACAACUCCUCCUAACCGCCGUGCAAGUCCUCUGCAGCGACGCCGCGGUGCUAACACGCACGAGUCCUGCGCGUGGCGAGCAGUACCUCGCGAUCGCAACUGAGCUCGUGACUGCAUUUUUCGCAGCGGAGGGGGAGGAAAUCGGUGAGCCGCAUGAGGCGGCGAAUGAGAUUCUGAAGAUUGCGAGGAAGGAGAUGGAUAGGGUGGUGGUAGAGAUGCGGGAGACGGAUGAGGAUAGAAAGGCAGAGGAAGAAGAGAGGAAAGCGGAGGAAGAGAGGAAAGAAGAGGAGAGGAAGAUAGAGAAACAGAGAAAGGCAGAGGAGAAGAGGAUGUACGAGGUUGUUAUGAGGGAGUUCAAUGAAGAGAAAAUAAUGGAGGAGGAGAAGAAGAAGGAGGAGGAAGACACUAGGACGGAGGAGGAAAAGAAGAUGGCCCUUAGAGAGGCGAGGCUUGCGUAUGUGACAGAUACGCAGAAGAGGAGGAUGGCGAAGAAGAAGGCGGAGAAGGAGAAGAGGGGGAGGGAGGAGGAUAGGAAAAUGAGGCUCGUGGAGGGAUGGGUGGGUGAGUGA